AUGGAACACCAGUGCGAUAAAGAAACCAUUCUAGCUCACCAGCCGUGGAUUAUGUCAAGUCAAGCAGUGAUAAUUGAAGACUGGAGUAAAUAUCAAGCAAGACCUAAUACUUGCUUCAAAAUACUGGUGUUAUGGAUCCAGCUUUACAAUCUACCUGUUUAUUUGGAGGACAACAACUCAAUAGAAGAACUUCUCAGAGACACCGAGAAAGUAUUGGAUGUGGACUUGAAAUACAAGUCGGUUCGUGCAAAGGUGGAGAUGCAACUAGCUGAACCAUUCAUGCCGGGAAUCUUACUAGAUAUUGCUGGAUAUAGCUGGAUUCAAUUUGCAUAUGAGUAUCUCCCAACUCUCUGCUACAGAUGUGGAUUCAUUGGACAUAUCGCAGAUGAUUGUCCGAACUUCAUUAGCACUGAACAUGCAUUACAAGAUGCACAGAGACCACUCUCCCUCACCACAGACUCAACUCGAAAAUGA